CGACAAUACUUCAACUAAAGUUUUGAACGAAAUCGGAAGGUUGUAACGCAGUCCUGAAAUUUUUACGUUAUGAAGUUUUCCUUGAACGAUUGAGAUCUGACUGUGCUCAGAUAGGCUGGAGUAGAAAUCUUGCCACUUAUUUUACUACAUUUGGCAUCGCCGUAUCUGCAUAUAGACAUUAUACACAGAGUGGAAAUUUCUUAGUAGCGAAUGAACUAUACCGUUUUUCAUCGCCAACAAAAUGCGGAUUGUUAUGACCUCUUCGUGCCCCAGUCACGGUGGAUUUUCGCUUUUCAUUUUAUUCCUUUGUUUCUGGCGCAACUCGGAAUCAUCUAAUCAGGGUAAGCGGACAAAUUUUGUUAUUAUUUUAAGAUCACGUGCUUUGAUCUGUUAACAUUUUCCUCGUAGACCAAUUCUAUUGUUCGUGAAGGAGAAGGCUUUCCAAACAUUUAUUCAUUAUCCUGUCUCUUUAGGACACAAUAAGUGGAUGUUCGAUAGAAUUAUGUUUUUCUUUUCCCAAAUCUCGGCGAUUCUUCUUCGAGUUGUUACAUAUCUACAUAAGAGGUCCUCACAAAUGUGUACUGUAUUUUCGGUGGAGUGACGUAAGCCAGUUUUGAGCUGUUUUUGUUACGAAUCAUAAACAAUCAUAUGCUACAGUUUUUAAUUCGGGAUCAGUGCCCCAACUACAACGUCUAUUAUCUUCUAAUCUGUUAGUUUUAUUUACUGAAAGCCGAAAGAGAUACGGAGCGAAAGUAGUCUUAGUGUCUUGCUUAUAGACCAUCGCAACUUGGGUGAAACGGCUUGUUAUUGUAAAACUUUGUCAUCAGUGAAACUGUCGAGUAGAUGCAUUAAAAGAGUUAACAGAAAAAAAAAAGCUCGCCAAAAACAUUCCCACUCGAACUGAACAAUGAAAGAACUGAAUAUUUUCAGUUUUUGACUCGGAUGGUGAAAAUAAAAAGGAAUCUUAUCCUGGAAACCAGACAGCCGCAAAGUGCAAAUUGUAUUGAAAACUGUGUCGGUUUUAGUAAGCGAAUGCGGAUUGUUAUUUACAGUCUAGACAGUGGGCCAGAUUGUUUUGUUCUCAGACCAUAUUUUGGAAGGAAGCGGAGGCGAGGCUUGUCAUUUUUGUUAUUUGUGUGAGAAACAACAGAAACGGUCUUUUCGUUUUGUUUGUUCUGAGACCAAGAAAUUGUGUUUACUGUAGAAGAGCCCGUAUUUUUGCCUAGGUUUAUACGCGCGCGAUUGGUCAAACGAAAAGUCUGAAGUGAUUGAGACUCUUUUACGUAGGACCACGCGCUUCGCGCGAAAUUAUCACGCUGGCGCUUCUCGCCAUGCAAACCAAUUAUUGAGGAAAAAACCGACCGUUUUGCAGUCUAGAAAUUUUAACGGAUAUAGAGUUAUUUAUCAUUAUUAUUAGUAUUAUCAUUAUUAUUAUUAUUAUUAUUAUAAGCCGAUCUUGAGUAAGGAAAAAUGGUAACCUAUAGAUGCGAGAAAUUUUAGUGAUCAUGUGACCUUCCUUACGUCCGUCUACCCACCCAUACAUGUAAGUCAGUGUCAAAUGUCACAUUUUCUUCCAGCACUAUACAAAGACAUGGAAAAUGAUAAUAACCUGUCAGUUAUAUACAUCCUUGUGAAAAAUGAAUUGACAGCUGUGAGAGCCGAGUCUAGUUUUCGACGAAAUUCUGAUGUCUACACUGACGUGGAUAUUAAAAAUAGAGCAAGAUAGAGCUAGGGCGAGAAAAAGAAAACAAAGGAGACGAAUUUCGUUGGAAGGAAAACCUGAAAAUUUUAUAGCGGCGAUAAGAAUAUUAGGAAUGCUAACGGCCACUAAGAUGAAAAUGAGCGGCAGUGCAAAAAAACAGAAGCAAACAGGCAGACAUACGACAAUAGAGAGUUAAAGCUUCAUGUGUACGGCAAACGUCAGAUUCAGGUGCGUCAGAUUCAAGUUGAGAAUUUCUCAAAAAAGAAAAUGAGCAGGUAAAAACGGCUCAAAACAAUUCUUAUGGAUAAAAAAUUGCAUGAAACUACUAAUUUAUGUGUAGAAAUAACGUAGCGUGGUACAAAUUUGCGUUUGCCGUUUGACGUAAACGUAAACUACGAGUAGUCCCCCAUUUUUCCUUAGGGAUAGUAGAGCGAGCGAAACGCAAGCCCGCGUGAAAGUCACCCCACGCGAGAAAAGGCGACACGCGGCGGGCAGACCUUUUCUCGCCUGGGGUGUGAUUUUCACGCGCGCUCGCGUUUCGCUCGCUCUACUAUCCCUGAGGAAAAAUGGGGGACUACUCGUAGUUUAAGGUAUACGUGAAGCUUAACCUCUGCUUUCUCCAUAAAACGUGUAGCUCGGAAGUUCCACGUGGUAGUGGUGUAAAACAAGAACGCGCUUAGAGCGGCAUUGAAUCUCGCUCUGCUUGGAGAUUAGAUCGAGAAAUGAGGAGGCGAUUAAUUCUACGCGAAACAGGAUUUAGUCGCUAAAGGUUUUUUACUUCCUACUAAAUCGACGUCGAUACUUUUUACUUGUUUCUGAACUGAUUUAGUACGCGUGUUAGCGACGACCGGAAAUACGUCUGCAGUCGGAGGCUAUACACGUGUAUAAAUACACGAAAAUUCAAGGGCCUCGAUUCCAGAGAAAUUACAUCAUUGCCAGAGAUCAAAAAAGUUAUUCAGUUUAUACAUGGCACGUUAUUUCAGUCAUCGCCGAAAAUAAAUCGCAUGCUUAUCACAAGACCUAUUUGCAUACAAUGAAAGUUUAAAAAACAUACCCAAUUCAAGACUAGAGUACACAAACCAUACCCUAUUUCAGACCAAAAUGGUCGAAAUUGAUACCCUAUUUCAGAACAGAACGGGUAAAAAAAAACAUACCCUUUGGCGCCUCGCAUACCUAUAUAGCUUAUACAAGGGAGAACCCCCCCCCCCCCGCCGGGGCGAAAAAGGCAAGCCAGACUAACAACGGCAAAGAAAUGUACAACAAAGUCUGCUGCACGUGCAAAGUUGCUUAUUAGAUCCAGUCUAUUGUUUUUUUGCCGUUCUCGUUACCGUCCCCGUUUAGCUUUACACGAUUUUAUUUUUUAUCUCCACUUUCGGAGGCUCGCAUCUUUCGGGGGUUCGUUACUUUCGGAUGACUGGAACGUGUACACCACAUGAGCACUUCAAAAAUUAAAUCGCAAACAAUGUGAAAGGAAUACUUUUUGAAAAAAGGUAGCGUAUAUCCAAUAGUUAAAGGGUUAUGAAUAGUUAAUAAUCAUUAUUAACAAACCUCGGAUCAGUGUGGCAUUUAAUUUGUUCAGGAUAUCUAUCAUAUCGGUAAUUUUUCUUUUACUUUCGGAGCGUGGUUAUUUUCGGGGGGAUCGCUACUUUCGGGAUGUGCUAAUACCUGUGACAUUUUAUCGCUACUUUUGGAGGUUCGCUACUUUCGAGGGGUUUGUUACUUUUGAGACUUUACGGAAUAAGUAUAUUAACGAGAACUUUGCUUUUAGCCCUAGCUAAAUCUAUACGUUAUUAUGUAGAUACUCUCAGUGUUCAGCUGGCAACCAGUUCCCGGUACAAGUCACAUUCUGCAACCUUGGUAGUCGAGAACCCGUCGGUGCAUUCGUACUGCUCCCAUAAGAGGGUAGUUUUUUGAAUCUGAGCCACAUCAAGAUUCUCAAGAUUCGCCCUAAUGUUUUCAAGAUGCCCAACUAAUCCUUUUGGGAUUGUCCUAAGUGCCCGACAACAAUAGGCACAACUCUUGUUUUGACCGUCCAUGGUUUUUCAGUUCUUUUGCCAGGCAUCCCCUGGUACAGCUACGUCAAUAAUUUGUUGUUUAUCUACUACAGUAAGGUCAGGUGGUCUGUUGUGUUUUAGUAAAAUCCAACUAGUGGUCUAUGAUCAAUGCUGUGUUCUGAUUGGUUGAGCUACUACUAGGCUAUAUGUUAUAGCCCACAAGUAGCGAAAAGCGCCGGCUUUGAAAACCGAUACAAUGGCGGCUGAAUCGCCUUUUACUAGGCUUAAGUUGUUUUGUCUCGAUAUUUUUGACCAACUAGUUGGAUUUUAUUAAAACAAUUAUUCCUCUCGCCCUCACGGCCUCUGAGUCAAUAGCCCAUUCGGCCUUCGGCCUUAUGGGCUAUUGGCUCAGAGCCCAUUCGGGCUCGAGGAAUAAUUGUUAAUAAGCUGGUGAUCAGUCUGUAAUGCUCAUACCUCUUGUCAGCAACUUUUAAUCCGUGCUUUCUGCACAGGCACCAAUGGAGAGCUUUUGCAACACUAUCAUGCCUACAAUCUUGGACAAACCUGUUGAGAAAAUUGCAUACUUGGGGGGUAUUUUUUCUAAACUUCGUAGCCGACCGAUUCUUCCCUUCCCCCCCUCCCCCUGGAAGCAGUGUUGUUGGGUCUUCAAAGGAAAGCCUGAUCUCUAAGCAUUUGGCAUUUGUAGGAAGCAACUUUGAACUGGGGGAGGGGGUUUUCUUCACGCAAGGCCGUUGAUUUGGAAAUAGUUUUGUUGCGUUAGGUAGUGCGCAUUAAUGAAAACAUUUUCUCAAGUACUUUUGUCCAGGAUUGUAGAUCUUUUAAAAUAUUCUUUCUGAGCCAACACUGGACAUUCACAAACUUUGUGGUUUGCUGAUUCCUCCGCACUCUUGCGCAACCUGCAUUUUGAGCAGACAGUCUGUUUUCCAACUUUGCUUUUACUGCAUUGGUUGGUAAUGCCUGGUCCUGGGCCGCUGCUAACAAUCCUUCUGUCUCCUUCUUAUAAAUUCUUCUUCAACCAGGUCCAAGAGAGAUUACUUGUCACACCUUCUGCAUGCCUUAAAAACUGACCAUGCAAUGGUUUUUCCUUCCCGUCCGCCAUUCCCUCUUUAUUUCUUUGUGACUUAUACUGCAAAGGGUCACAUUCAGCUUUAGGCUUCAAAAUGUGGCAGGUAGCUUUUAGCAGCAUUUUCUGACUCUGCGGAACAUAUUGAUUCAAACUCAACUGUUCCAUGGUGACAAUCCGCUGCACUAAUCAACCCUCGUCCAUCUUCCUUCCUGGGCAAGUAGUUUUUACUUGUAUUUGCUCGAAGGUUUAGAGCACCAUAGAUUUGACAACUUUCUUGCCUUUUUGUCUUGUGUUGAGAGAACAUAGUAUUAUUAUUAUUAGUAUUAUUAUUAUUAUUAUUAUCAUCAUCAUCAUCAUCAUCAUCCUCAUUAAACACAGCUUCUGGAUGGCUUGCUGGAGUCUUCCUUAAACAUCAAAUCACCGCCUGUAACCUUAGGUGUCUAAGACUUUGCGAAGAAUUCUUGCUGCACCCAGUAAGGAUGCUCUCUACAAUGAUUCCAAACGACAUGUGACACCAGUCACUCCUAACCAUUUUUCUAUAUCUUUCGAGACAGUUCCUAAUGCACCAAUUAUGAUUGGCACCAAAGUUACUCUGCGCAAUUUCCAGAUCCGUUUCAACUCCCGCUUCAGGGCUCGGUAGUUCUCAAUUUUCUCUUUCUCUAUUAUUAUUAUUAUUAUUAUUAUUUCUAACCAUUCAUGUCAUUUUGUCCUUCCUAGGUUUGUGUCUUCAAGGAACAUUUUUAAAGGGGACAUAUUGUGUACCCAAUUGCGGUCCUGGUUACUAUGGUAACAAUGUUACCAGGACAUGCCGGAAGUGCGACCCGAGCUGUAAAACCUGCCUUGAUGGUGAUGGGCCAAAGAAAUGUUCUAGCUGUGAUCCUCCGUUACAUAUUCAAGGUAAGAGCUAUGAGAUAUGUUGGAGUACCCAGAUCAUUUUAUUCCCGUAUCCACUUUUUUUGACCUGUACAUUUCUUUCCUGAUCAGGACCAAGCGCAGUCUGUCGAUAAACCGAUAUUCGACGACAAUCGCCGACAAUCGUUUGCGAUACCAAUCGAAAUCGAUAAAGAAAAGAGUUUUGACUUCGAUUAAUAUCUAUUUCCGAUAGAAAUCGACAAUGAUUGACUUAUCGAUUGUUAUUGAUUACUAUCGAUUGACCACGCCUGGCAAAGAACAGCUGGCACCCCUCAUCCCACUCACUCCUAUCACUGGCUCCUGCUUAAAUGAUAUAUCGGAUUCUAGCAAUCGAAAAGGCUGUGAAAGAAGAGAGUGCCGCAAGAACCUCAACUCUCGUCAAAGCACCUGAAUUCGGGUAACUCUAACAUGAAAUCAGGCUCUGUUUUCGUUUUACUUUACAAAAACUUCCGUCGGCAAGCGGGCAAAAUUGUAGCGCGGUCACCUCCUUCCCCUCAUUUUUGCCUCGUCGUGAGAGACCUCUGCUAGCAGGGAACCUCAGAGAGAGAGAGAGAGAGAGAGUCGCUUAAAAUUAGCCCUGCGAGCAGGCUCACUUUAGCGAGUUUGGGAAACAAACAGUCGGUACGAGCCAGCGAAGCUCGCGAGAAGAAUUUUUCCUCGCCCCAUUCUUUUUGCAGGCUUCUUGGGCUUUUGGUGGUUACUCCACCACUAUUUUUUCUCGAACUCUCACAAGUGUGCCUCUUCACCCAAUAAAUUUUGUUUUUUGAAGCUUUCAUGGGUUCUGCUGCAAUGAUUAACAGCAAAGCAGGUGUUAGUAACGAAGAAAGUUUGUUUGGCGUUUAAUUUCCAUGACACCUUCACAAUAUCAGUAAGUUUGUAAACAUAAGCGGUUUUAAAAGAAAUAACUUCUCCAGCAUUCUGCAUAUUACGAUAACGUUUCCUACUCAUCAGGAACUUCUUGUGUUGUAUCGUGUGGUAAGCAGCGAUCUAAAGGAAGCCCUGACAUCCAAUUAAGACUCGUGGGUGGCCAAAAUCAUUUUGAAGGCCGCGUCGAAGUUUACCAUGAUAACAAGUGGGGGACCAUUUGUGAUGACUCUUGGGAUAUUAACGACGCAAAGGUUGUCUGUAGGGAGCUGUUGCUUGGAGACGCCCAGGAAGCUGUAAAGUUUGGGAGACUGGGAACAGGCUUGGAACGUCAGCCUAUCUGGCUUACGGAGGUUAGAUAUCUGUGACCGGAAUGUACAAUUUCCAUAUUUUUAAGCGUCGGAAAACGCAGUUUAAUCCAUAGGUAUCCCUUAUUCAAAUGCGAUGGGUCUGUAAUAAAGAAGGGUGUAAAAACGUUUGUUAAUGAACAAUAGGCUACCUUGGGUGCCAGAUACUUAGGUGCUUGGUUAGUGGUUUCGGCCAAGUGCCCCCGUGGCUUAGCCUGAGAAAACAGUGGACAUUUCACCAUGCCACCACUGGUUUCUCCUUCGAAAUGACGUCAGAGAAAACAGCGCCGAAAUAGACCUAUUUCAAUAUAUUAACAUUCCUACUAGGCGCGCGGUACUAGGCUCGAUUUCCGCCGCUCUCACGGUCCAGGCGUAUUUCCCUAACAGCGGCUGGUAAUAGAGCCUACAUUCCUGCUUGGCUGCGAGGCUUAGGGGAAUAAAGCAAAAGAGGUAUUAAAAAGAAGUAAUGAAUAAGACAUUUCUUUUGUUUUAUUCCCUCAGGCCUGGGAACCAAGUAUAAAUUUUGUCAGCAAAAAUCCAACUAAGCGGUCUAUUAUCAAUUCUGCGUUCUGAUUGGUUGAGCUACUACUGGGCUAUAUGUUACAGCCCACUAGUAGCGAAAGGUGCGGGCUUUUUGGCGGCAAAAAAGGAUUAAAGUCUAGCUUUAACUAGCUUAAAUUUUUUAUUCUCGAUAUUUUUGACCAACUAGCUGGCCUUCGGCCUCAUGGGCUAUUUGAGGAAUAAUUGUUAAAUAUAUCGAAAUUGGUCCAUGCCAUACUGAUGACGUGUCACCACCCAGAUUUGGGUAGUACUUUUGGUUGAAGCAAAUUUCCCACCCGGCACGACCAAUCAGAAGCACUACCCAGAUCCGGGUAGUGACGUUUCAUCAGUAAGGAAUUUCUGCGCUCGUUUCUAAAAUGUCAUUUCGCGGGGAAACCAGUGGUGGAGUCACGAAUUAUCGGCCGUUUUCUCAGGCUACUCGCGGGUUCGCCGCUCGUGGCUUCUGUUGGCCGGCAGGCGAUACCGAAGCAUCCCGCCAGACGCGAGGAAAAAACCCCUGGCACCCAGGGUAACAGAAGUUGUCGACUAUCCGUGUAGGUUUUCUUAAUCAGAUGUACUACCGAUCAGUGCGCUUUUGCCUUUUUCUAUUCACUUACUUCACAUAAAUAUGUUGACAGGAGCUAACAGCUUAUAGGACUUUGAUAAUGCGCAAGAAUGCAGUGCCAGUCUUUAUUAGUUCCUUAAAGAUCCAAAGUAAUGACACCCCCUUUUUGGGGAGCUGCGUUCUUGGUAUUGUUAACAUUUUACAAAGUCCUAAAAAAUACGCUGGCCAGUACUCCAACACAAAUGAGUUUGACCAGAUGCAGUAGCGUAUGACUUUGGCAGAAACUCCAGCGACAUAUUUCAAAGUGCAUUUUCUCGUGCUACGUAUAUUUGAUAACUCCAUUUCCGUUCAUGUUGUUUGCAGUGAUCGAUUCAUUUGUUGGGGGAAGGCGUUGAAGUUUUUUCGUUGAGUUCGGGUUCUUUUUUAAAUCAAUCAAAUCAAUCAAUCAACUUUAUUUAAACACGGUAAAUGGCUCUGCAAGCUGGUUUUCAGACAUGCCGUGUGAUAAUUACACUUUAUAAAAAUUAAGACUAGUGAUUAACUAACAAUACAUUAUAACAGCAAGAAAUGAGUAUUAAAGAAAUAAGAUAAAAACGUAAUUAAAAGUUAUAUCCUAAGAUAUGGCGAGUUUAAAGCUAGUAAGAUCCCCCAUAUCACGUGUUUCAUUUGACAGUUGGCUCCAAGCCAUUGCACCCCGAUAAGAAAAUGAACGCUUGAGAAAAUUUGUUUUAGGAGUUAGAACCCCUCAAAUUAUAGUCAUGAAUUUCAGAGGUUCUAUGAAACUGCUCCCGAAGGUACGUCGGACAAUUAUUAUUGAAUAUUUUAAACAUCGUAACUAAUAGGUGUCUUUUUCUUCUCUCUUCUAAGUUUGACCACUCUAAAGAAUUUAGUACAUCUGAUGAUCUGGUAGAGUAAUCAGCCCAAGUAAUAAUCCGUGCUGCUCUAUUUUGCAACUUUUGCAAUUUGUCAGCACGUGUUUUGGAGCAGUCACCCCAUACAACAUCACAAUAGUCAAAGUAGGGCUGCACAAGUGAAUAGUAAAUAGUUUUAAGAGUCUCUUGAUUAUCGGUUAGUUUUCUAGCUAAUAAAUUGUUAUUAAUAAUAUUAUUAUUUAUUAUUAUUAAAUUUUAAGAUUAUGCUAAAUUCUCGUCUUCAUUUGCCUUUUCCUCAGCAAAUUCGAUCGGGAUAAAACAGGAUGUUCGUCUAGCAGAAAUAUUUCAAAUAUCAAUGGUCAUCCGUGGGGUUGUAUUUUUGCUGUUCCUUCCCAGGGCUUUUUUGAUAUUGGCGCUGCUUCAACAGAGACUUUGUUUGCAUUGAUUUAUUGAUAACGUUUCUUUUUUUCGAAAAUUCUUUUUCUGCAGGUAAACUGCACGGGAAAUGAAACGCGACUUGAACAUUGCGAGCACCCUACCUGGGGUACGCAUGCGUGCGGGCAUUUUGAGGAUGCCGGCGUGCGCUGCACCGGGCCUGAUACGACAAGAGAAUGUGUAGAUUCGUGCGGCGAGGGGUACUUUGAAGUGAAGGACACCUUGGAGUGCGGUGUCUGUUUGGCGUCAUGUUUAACUUGUGCUUAUUCCAGGACGAAUUGUACCUCCUGCAUUAAACCACGAUUCUUAAAAGGUUAGGUGACACUUAUAAUGCUCCUGAUUGUCACGUGGCUAGUGUGCGCUUGUUAAGCCCCCCAGCCCAGGGGGGCUUAAUAGAGGAUUUACGGCAUGUGAUGUUGGGAGUAGGGUAUGUUCAAGUUGGGAUUCGAGUUCUUGUUCGAGUUCAAGUUUGAUUUCGCGGUGGACAUCGAGUUAGACUUAUUAUAACAUGAGUUAUAAGACGUAAGAGCCUACCGACGCCUUUUUUCUAUUUUUUAUUAUAUUUCACCAUUAUCAUUAUUAUUGUUAAAUAGUGAAACUCGAAGUCUAACUCGAAGUUCUACUCGCGCGAAGUCCAACUCGAACUCGAAUCCAAACUCGAUGUUUCGGGAUUCCCUGUGAAGUUCGGCGACUGAAACAACGCCGGUCCAAGGCCGUUGUUAGGGACCUUACGAUCCGUGAACGGCGACGCGUCCUUUGAAUCUUUUUCUCCCUUUCACUUUUAAGUCACCCAAUUACUUGAUAAUAGGGAAGUAACGUUGGAACUAAAGAGAGGGGACCGCGUCCGAGUUCAGAGAGAGUUGUAAAAUUUAUCGCCUUGCCGUUCCCGUUCUCAAAUCAGCUCAAAAUUUGGUCAUUUCACUUCGCAGUUUUGAAGGGUGGGCAAAGCAAUGUACAAAAAAGCGUGCAGAGUUGUUGUUUUGCUUAUGAAAUUAACCCAUUCUGUUUUUGACGUCCUCGUUGCCGUUUGCCGUUUGCCGUUGCCGUCGUAGUUUCGUAAGGUCCCUACUCCCGGCUGAGCCAGGUGUUAAGAACGGCUAAACCGAUCCAAAUUCAUUUAGUCUCGAAUCGAUUCAGAUGUCGUACUUCACUUGAAUGAAUUCGGUUCGGCUCAUGUGAAGUACAGUGUCUUAACCUUGCCUAAGUGUUAAAUUGAACCAUUCUUUUGCAUUUGUUAAUUGCAAACUGAUAUAUUUAACCUCAUAUCGUUGUUUCAGGAAACGCGUGCAAGACUUACUGUGGAGAUGGUUUCUAUGGUGAUCUUACCGACCGCAAGUGCAAAGUAUGUGAUCCCGGAUGUCGCACCUGCGCAGAUGGGACUUCUCCUAAUGUUUGCACAAGUUGUCGUGAUGACCGAUACCUGAAUGGAACAAAAUGCGUAGUGAGUUGCGCUCCUCACCAUGUCGCCCAGACGCGGCGUUUACGUCUGGCGGGAAACAGGCCGACGGAUCUGGAGGGCCGCGUUGAAGUGUUUCGUUUUGGGUCUUGGUUUACAGUCUGCGACCAAACGUUUGAUUUCCGCGAGGCCUCGGUUGUUUGUCGCGAGCUGGGCUUGGGCGCGGCUAUCAAAGCCGUCAAGAGAGCUGCCUAUGGUUCAGGGUACGGGCGUGUGUGGACAGACAUUCUUGGCUGUACCGGCAGAGAAAGCUCAAUCUUCGACUGCCCUUUGGUGAGGCGAAGCUACAGUUCACUUUGCUACCAUAGUAACGACGUAGGAGUUAAGUGUGCUGGACCCAUGACAAAGCACGUUAGUAACCGUUGCGUGAAAAUAUGCGAUCCUGGCUGGUUCAAAAAUGACAGGACUGACGUUUGUGCCACGUGUGCCACGCAAUGCCUGGAAUGCAUGGGAAGUAGCUACCGCUGUACAAAGUGUGCGGCGCCGAAAUUUUUAAAAGGCAUCACGUGCGUGGAUAAGUGUGCCGAUGAUGAAUACGGGCACAUACCCACGCGUCUAUGCAGAAAGUGUGACACGGCCAUAUGCGUCACCUGUAGCGACGGCUUUGAUGAAAAAAACUGUACUUCGUGUAAAGAACCUAAAGCGCUUAAAAACGGCCAAUGCGAGGACAGUUGUGAGCCUAUGUUUAGAAAAAACGGCCGUUGCGUUGAGGACUGUGGCUUGUCGAUGUACAAGAACAGCGGAAACUUUACAUGUCUGCCAUGCCCCGGUAACUGCAUCAGUUGUGAGUAUAGUAGCUUAACGCAGGAACCCGUAUGUACCGUUUGUAAGCCACCUAAGGUCUAUGAUGACGCACAGAAGGAGUGUGUCGCUAACUGCUCUGAAAGAAGGUAUGCUGUUCCGGUUUCAAAUUUCACAGGACAGGCCACCCGGCCCAACAUAAGGCUGUCAAACGGUAGGGAUUAUUUGGAGGGGUUGCUGGAAGUUUAUCACGACGGCGUCUGGGGGACGGUCUGUGAUGACGGUUGGGACUCGGCGGAAAUAACCGUUGUUUGUAGAGAACUGUCUUUAGGGAGAGCGGUAACCAACGUUCCUCUGAGCCAUAUCAAAAAGGGAACUGGUAAGCUAUGGCUCGAUGAUGUAUUUUGCGUUGGGACUGAGGAUUCUCUCAUGAAAUGCCGUCAUCGCCCUUGGGGUCAAUCCAACUGCGAACAUAACGAAGAUGUGGUUCUUCGUUGCACGGGUCCAGGUGUGCGCAUGUGCAAAAGCAAGUGCCCCGAGGGAUUUUUUUCAAAAGGAACUUCAUGCAUGAAAUGCAACUCGUCGUGCGCCUCUUGCAACCGUACUGCAAGUUUGUGUACUAAGUGUGCGCCGGGCUACUUUAAAAAGAAUGAUACGUGUGUCAAAGAUUGCGGUGUCGGGUUUUACUUGGAUAGAGUUUGUAAACAUUGUGAUUCGGUAUGUGCUGACUGUGAAUUAAGGGCUGAUAACUGCACCUCAUGCGCGUCACCAUUCUACAGGGAGGGAACUAAGUGCGUUGCAAAUUGUUCUGGUUUUAAGCCUUCUUCUGUCCCGCUGCUUCGUCUUGUUGGUAGCCAAACGCCAACCGAGGGGAGAGUUGAGGUAAGCGGAGAUAACUUUCUUUGGUCUGUUUUAAGCAGGGAAGCUGUGCAGUUUGCACUGAUUCGCGAACAUUCUAAGAAUGCUUUCUUUAACAAUCAGGUAAUAUUAUAUGAUUGUUUCAGAAAAGAAACAUUAUGUCCUGAAUGAUCACUGUUCUGAAUAUGUAUACAGCUGAUGUUGAUAUAAACUUUGCGUCCUUUUUCACUAGCUAACUAAUUUUUCUUACAAAUAUGCACUCCAUCUAGUUUUAAUUAGCUGAACCCUUGUUAAAUGACAGCGCUUUCUAUGCCAGGUUCUUCACAACGGUAAAUAUGGCACAGUCUGCGAUGACUCGUGGGACAUAGUCGAUGCAAAUGUGGUAUGCAGAAUGUUGAACAUGGGGAAUGCUACCAAAGCAGUCGUUAGAGCUGGCUUUGGAGCUGGAAAGGGUGUUGUUUGGCUGGAUGAAUUAAAGUGUCGCGGUGAGUAUAUACUGAUGUCGGUUCGCGGUGUUCUCAGAAGGUCCCAGGCCGCUCGUUUCCACUUCUUGCUUUUCCCUUUGUUGGAAGCGAGCGGCCUCGGACUUGCUAAGAAUCAGGCUGGACGUCCGUUGGAUGCAUAAGUAAUUUGAAUAUUUAAUGGUGUAGUUAGCAACUCAAACAUGUUUUCCAGUAGGCAUCCUUGAAGACCUAGUGUCACAUAGUGGCACCUUGGUCUCCGAGAAUGUCCAGUUAGUUAAUAUGUCAUGAAAAUUGUUCUCUGUUAGUUCUGUCUCAACGUCGCGACGUUGAUUUUCGCCAUUAUACACCUUUGUGUCAGUCAUAUGAAUUGUCGGUGAAAAAACAUGAGAGAAAAAAUGACAUUUAACUGUUGGCCCGUUAUUUCGUAAUGGUCGGAUUUCAGUUAAUGUAGUGUUUAUGAACAAAUCUUUUCGAUUCCAAACAUACCAGAGACUUAAAAAAAACUGUAAAUCUUAACCCUCCUAUGGGAAAAUGAAAGAUUCAUUGUUGACAGUAAACCGAGUUCUCCUUUUAGUAAUUCGGUAAGUUGAGAGGGAAAAGUGGAUUACGUGACGCAUCGUUUGAGUCUCUGAUGCGUUCGGGCCCAGCACUUCAUACAUUCUGUUAGUUGUUAGUAAUUGAUACCAUAUUUUUAGUGAACUUAGAAAGCUACCUCCCAAAUUUCUACAGGUAACGAGACAUCGCUAAUCGCGUGUCCGCACAAUGGCUGGGGUCAAGAAAACUGUGACCACUCUGAAGAUGCUGGUGUUGUUUGCCAGGGUCCCGAUCGGUCGCGUGACUGUCUGGCCGUUUGCGGCGAUGGGUACUUUAUCAACACCACGGACAAGACCUGUGGAAGGUGUAGCCCGAACUGCAAAAAAUGCGUUGGUUCACCAGAAAAUUGCUCGGUUUGCGAGAAUGGUAAAUUCUUAAAUAGAACUGGUAAUACAUUCGACUGCGUGGCCUAUUGCAAAAAGGGUCAAUUUGGGCAUCCCGACACACAGGAAUGCCAGAAGUGCUCCUCGUCGUGCUCUGACUGCGUCGGAAGUUCAAGAAAUUGCACCGAGUGCCCCGCUCACUUGUUUCUUCUGGGCUCCUCCUGUGUUCAAAACUGCAGCAAAGGGCAAGACAAGAUUGUCAGUGGUGUCUCCGACAUAAGGUUGGUCGGCGGUAACAGCUUACUAGAGGGCCGCGUGGAAGUAUUUCACAAUGGGGAGUGGGGUACAGUCUGCGAUGAUAACUUCGACAUUCAGGAAGCUAAAGUUAUCUGUCGGCAGCUGAAGAUGGGGAAUGCAGUUGCUCCGUACUCUUCGGCUAAGUUCGGACAGGGUACUGGCAGGAUCUGGAUGGACGACACGCAGUGUGUUGGAAGCGAGAGGCGGUUGCAGGACUGUAAAAUGCACCAUGGUACGUAGCUUAUUUUAAUAAUUUAGCCUCACACUCGGAAAAGUUGCUUAAGUCUGAAAAACAUGUAGUACCACUGGAAAGUCCUGCUGAAGAGGUUUAAUUUCAGUGAAUGGAAACAGCGUAGGAUUUCACGUACAGUCUCAAACGAUAGAACUGCGGUCGAACCUCCAACCACCACACGUAAGCGACCACCUCCCAUAAACGACCGCCAAUCCAAAACAACAAAAUUUUCCCAGUCAAAGUCUUAUAGCUGGAACCUCCAGUAAACGACAACCUCCUGUACGUAACUGACCGCGACCACUUUUUGGGCCUGACAGAUGAUGAUUUCCCAUCGUUUUUAGCCUCUUGUAAGCGACCACUUGAUGCAUUAUCUGAUCUCUAUAUCUUCGCUGUGUGCACUAUGCUACUUGGAAUAUACGAAUAACUUUAGUGACAACAUGGAACUACACAUGUCGUAACUAAGACAUUGCACUCGCUAAAUUAUUUUCCAUAAAGUAGAUGUGCCUGGACCUCUUCUGGGAAGAGGCCCCCUGUGGUUCGAUUCUUGUAAACGACCACCUCCCGUAAGCGACCACUCAGUCUUGGCAUUUUGGGUGGUCGCUUAUGGGAGGUUGGACUGUACAUGCUAAAUAAAUAGUGCCUUGUGGACGUACUGCUAAAGAGGUUUCAUUCUGUUGUUGCAUUUUAUUGUUUUGGAAUUCGUAUUUGUAUAUUUGUAUUUGUAUAAUGGUGACAUCAAUUCAAUCUGUUUUCAGGUGGAUUCGGUGCAAAUAACUGCGGUCACUCGGAAGAUGCUGGGGUGAAGUGCUCAGGACCUGACCAAUCAAAGCGAUGCGUGUCGAAGUGUGGCGACGGCUUCUAUGACUACAAGGGCACGUGCAAACGAUGCCUGUCCAAGUGUGGUAGCUGUCACGACAGACCUGAUUUGUGCUCUCGCUGCAAAAAGCCUUACUUUUUACAGUUUACUGAUUGCGUAUUACAAUGUCCCCUGGGGAAGUACGGAAAUACAAAGACCCGCAAGUGUGUUCCGUGUAAUAAGCGUUGUCAGUCGUGCUACGACGGUGAGAGGAAUGAUCUGUGCAAAUCUUGCCCUGAAGGCUUGUUCCUAAGUAAGUUUUAUCCUACAAUCUCUGAUAAAAAAGAAAAAAAGCGCGAGGCAAACGCAACAGGGAUAGGGAUAAGAUAUUUUUUCGCGCGUGCCACGCACUCCACAAACACGUCGCGCUGUCCUUCGCUUGCCUGAAAAAGCGAUAAAAUGGCGCUUUUCUCAGGGGCACCCAACGAGCAUAUAGUUCAAAACCACUUAACAAAGCAUUGUUGAACGUAUUUUAGUAUUUAAACGGUAGAUAUAGGUAUAUUUUUAUCCCCUAAAAACUUUUCAUCUGUUCGGAUUUCCUAGCUGAAAGUCUAGUGAUCCGAAAAUUAUAGGGAUCAAAACUUACCUUUUCGAAAAUUUUAGCCAGGAAAAGGCUCCCGAAAAUUCUAGGUUGCCUUCUUUAGGGUAAAUAUCCGUUUAAAAUGGGUAAUUAUACCAUUUUGUAGAUGUUCGAAAAUCCUAGGAGAGGCAGGCAGGCAAGAAAUUUUACAACAAAUGUUCCGAAAAUUCUAGUUCUCAAAUCGUCUUCCGAACAGAUAUUUUCCCGAAAAUUGCCGUUGGGUGCCCCUGUUUUCUACAGGCUAAUUAAGUGGAUGCAAUCCACAAAUCCACUCAAAUGCGUCACGCUAACAUAAAACGUCACGCAAUUUUCUCUCCUUUAGUGGGCUUGAAGUGUGUACCGGACUGUGGAAAAGGCAUGAAGCCAGUCUCCUCCAUGUUUCCACCGAAACCAAAGAAACCGCUAGUGCGUUUGGUAGAUGGUAAAAGUAAACGAGAAGGAAGAGUAGAAGUAUUUUACGCUGGUGAAUGGGGCACUGUGUGUGAUGACGAUUGGGACCUCAAGGAAGCAGCUAUAGUUUGUAAAGAGCUUGGUUUCGGAAAAGCUUUACUGGCCCCGAAGCAUUCAUUCUUUAAAAAAGGUCAGUUCCUAUUUAAAUACACUUGGUCAACGCUUGAGUCUCUUGUUUUACGUUUUGUGUUAAAAGUUUAUUGAUAAAGAUGAAUUGUCAUCAUUCAUAUCACAAGUGGCAUGGACCAAUAAAAUGUGAGUUUCCGGCGGGUUUUGAACACGUGAGCCUGGUACAGGUUCUAGGUUCCUGGGUUCAAAAUAUGGGAUACGAACAGGUUCUCAAGGGUUGGAGGAUCCAUCAGUUCCCGGACAUCUAGUCUUGAAAUACCUCGUCCUUUAGGCCAUGUCUCGAGACGGACACCUCCGUCAGAUAGAAAUAAAGGAGUCCAUUGGAAUCCAUUUGUUUUCCAGUGGAAUCAAGAGAGCUCUUGGUGGAAUCUAGUGGAGAGUGGACAACUCUUAACAGAUUUGAACAUUAGUAGCUGAAGAUAGAAUAGUCAUUGAAAUAAUUAAUACGUUGUGAUAUUAGAGGUCUUUAGAUUAGAGGACAGGGGUGACCGCGCGGACGAGAUUUAACUGAAAAUUUUUGGGCGUUUUGUUAAGAAAUAGAUACAUUGGAAAGCUUCAUGGAACUCUUUUUUCACCUAAAACAUGGUUCUUACGGGCCUUAAAAAGUCUUUGAAAAAGCAUAAUGUCCUUGACAAGUCUUUCAAAAUUGAAAAAUCAUUGUUGUGGGAUAUCCUUGAGAAGGCCUGGAAUCUUCCACAGAAGUCUUUGAAUAGUUUUGAAAGCGUCUUGAAUAAAAAUAACCUUUGUGAAAAAAAAAGUGUUUUGCGGAAACAAAAGACUGAAAGCACAGAAGUACGCAAAUUUUCUUAGUAAUCAUGAUAGUGGGUUUUCUUAUGAUUUCAAUGUUCCCGGCAUAGUUCAUUAUCCGUAAUUUGCAGCGCCUUAGGAACCCUGCCUUCCUGUGGGAAGCGAUUGCAAUAAGCAAACCCUCCUACACCUAGGAAUUUGAAAGGUCUUUAAUUCAUGUUGUUCUGUGUCAAAUUACAAAAAAAAUUACCCCCCAAGAUUCUAUAUGAACCGUGGAAAAGUUAACCCGGUUAUUUUUCUUGAAGGAGGUUAAGCCCCCUCGAGAUCGCAAAAUGAUAAAACUUUUUUACGCUACUUUGACAUUCUCACUUAGACCCGUAGUAGAAUGGCGACCGCGAUCACGUCUUCCCGCCAAAAUGACACUGGUUCACGCGCGCGCACUACUCAGUGUUGAGUUCUCGUUCUCGCCUUACAAUCUAAAGGUAUUAAUUUCUAAUGUGCAGUGUACGGUUAUUUGUUUUCGUGUUAUAGGAAGUGGUAUCAUCUGGAUGGAUAACGUCAAUUGUUUUGGCUACGAGACCUCCCUCACUCAGUGCCGGCAAGUUGGGUGGGGUCUGGGCAACUGUGACCCAUACCACCGCGAGGAUGCUGGUGUUGUUUGUGAUAAUGCAACAGUGGAAGAAGUUAGCAACAACUACUGCAGACACCUCAACCAGGGAUCGUGUUCAGAUUUAAAGGUAAUUGAACUGACCGACACGGUUUUGUAAUCGCUCUUUAGGCGAACCAAACCGGCACAAAAUUAAAAUAGUGUAGAUCUUCUAAACACUGGGAGAGAUGCAACCGUAUCAAACAAUUAUUGGAUUCCGAAUUUGUGAUGUUUGGAAUAAUCACGUUUUCGACAAGAGCUCUCUUGGUCUCGUUAGCGUUAUCAACCGUGGCCGAAGGAGGAGGUUUGUAACUCUUAUUAAGACCUUCUCUACUCCGGUUAUCCUAAAAACCAAAGCUAUGAUUAUUUUAUCAUACAUUGUUUUGAAGAAACCUACAGAUUCGUAAGUUAUCUGCAAGUAGAUAUCACACAUACAAGCGUAACUUGUCUAUAUGUUGCGCCAGGAGCCCAUAACCCUGGUUGCGCUGAUUUCCCAGAUUAACCGUAGGCUCUUAUCCAGUAAGUAGGCAGACUAGUGAGUACAAUGUAUAAUGAUGUUAAUAUACAGCUAAUGACGCGUGACUCUUCUUUUGACAAUCACAAGAAAUGCACUGUACCUAAAGCUGGCAACAUGCAUUCGUGCAACCCGUUCUAAAGGUGAUUUUACACGAGAUGAUUUGCAACGACAAUUUUUAGCGCAACAAAGCGUUGCAAUGUUGGAGCAAUGCUGUGACCAUUCGAAACAGUGUCGCAACAAUGAUGCAAUGCUGUGUUGCACUAAAAAUCGUCGUGGCGAAUCGUCCCAUAACAUCACGUUAAGAGCGAGAACAUAUGCACCUCAGUGGUGCCCAGAGCGGAAAAAUAUGCACGCAUGUUUCCAAGCGCGGAAAAAAUAAGAUAACCCGGCCUUUUUUUACAGGUCAGUUGCAUGGAUGUAUUUGUUUUUUACCUGCAACGGGAGAAAAUAGGAAGUGAAGGCCAGCUUGACCGACGUCAUUUCAGAAAGAUUUGCGAACGAACUGCCCGAUGAGUUUAAUCGUGGUAAAGAUAGUCCUCAAGACAGGCCUCGUCUAGUGACUUACGGCAAAACCUAAUCGUGUCAUUUUAACAAUGCUAACUAUGAGCUCUAGUCUGAAUAUCUUACUCAGUAUUAUCUGUUUAUAGGAAUGUGACACAGCUAACAGAGUAACCUGUGUUGAUCUUGAUAUAUUUAAUCCUGAUGGCAAGCAAGAGUCUGUGUGUUUACAGUGUCCCCUCGGGACCGCCGGAGACGGCAAAGAAUGUAGAGGUAAAUAAGGCUAUAUCUCUACGAUACCGGAUAACUCAAGCUAAAGUUGAAAUUUUCCGGUUUGAAUCGUAAACGCUGCAGUAUGUCUGUUGCCUUGAGUUACGUAUGUUUGUUUCGCCGUAAUUUUUUUUGUCUUUCUUUCUUUUUGUUUCACCCUUCUUACCACAGUAUUGGAGUCCUUUUGAUUCGAGGACAGGAACGACCACGAGUACGAGAUUUGACUGAAAUACUUUUCGCGUAUUCUUCAAAAAACCGACACCCCGGAAAGCUUCAUUGUACUUUCCGAAAAGUUAGCACUGUUAUCUCUAUUCAUGGAGAAGGUAAGGCCCUCUCACGAUCGCAAAAUAAUAAAACUUCUAACAUGUGAUAACUUGUUUCCAUCACUACGACAUUCUCGCUAAAAGUCGUAGUAGAAUGACUAUGGCUAUCACGUUUUCGCGCCAAAACGGAUGCUGGUUCACGCGCGAGCUCUACCUAGUAUACGGAAAAUCUCGUACUUGUAAUCGUUCUCGUCUUAGAAUCUAAAGGUUUCUUAUAAAAACAGUGUGCUAUCCACGAACGUUGACAUCUGUUGUGUCUCAAUUCUUUCAAGUUGUGGCCUCGAAGCUCCCGGAAUUCGAUCGAGUGCCCCCUGUUAAAACAGAAGUCAAGGCCCAAGAGGUGAUUAAUCUGCGUUGUCGUUCCAAACCCCCGCUGAUUCUUCCAACCCUAAAAGACUGGCGUAAAGACGGUCAACCUCUCCUUGAGCUGGCUAAGAACUCCAGUCGCAUUAGUACGAGCUCAGGAGAUCUGCUCAUUAGAUCUGCCACAAGAGAAGACAGCGGUAAUUACACCUGUACCCUCGUCAAUACUGAAGGAAACGUUACAAGCAACGUGUCCGAGGUUAUUGUAAAAGGUAAAAUUUUCAACCAGCUUACUUUUUCGAUUUUAUUAAGAACAUUCUGUGAGCAGUUUUUUUCUUCUCAGUGGACGUAGACUGCGAGCAAAGCUCUGAGACUCCAUCCCGUGAUUUGAGAAUCACGACAGGCCAAGGCAGUACACACAUUGUAAUUUGCUAUAAACCUCUCCUUCUACCGACACACUAGUCUCCCACACAUUCGUUUUUGGAAUUGUACAGACGUUUGUAGGGCCGGGAGGGGGGAGGGGGGAUAUUCGUGCCCCCAAUCAUACAAACGUGUGUAAAACGUCUAGACUGUACUUUGUGGAGCACUAACUUCGCUUGUUUUGGAGUAUCACCUGUACACUGUAAUUUUAAAGCGCCAUUCCCAGCAGUGUUGAUGGAUAUUUGGUCACUGUUCUUUAUCAAAAGUGGAAAAAAACUGUGAAAGGGCCCAUUUAGCAUUAACUACAAUUACAUAAGGCAGGAGCACGGGGAGGGACUGUUCUGAAUUUCAAACUUGUUUAAUGCAUUACAUCUAUGUUUAUGUUUUGUUUUUGUUUUCUUUUUUUAAUUUUGAAUUUUGCAGAGGCGCCGCGGAUCAUCGGUGUCUCUUCAGCGGAUGUUAACAGAGGUGAUACUGUGAACUUGACCUGUGUCGUGUCCAGUUUCCCAGGGUCCAACAUCACGUGGAAGUUUAAAGGGAAAAGCAUCUUUGCCUCUCCUCAGAAAUAUGAGUUGUUAGAUAGCGUGUACACGCUAAAGAUAAAAAGCGUGCAAUUCGAUGACGCUGGGCUGUAUGAAUGCACUCUUGUUAAUGAGCUGGGAGAGGCAAGGGCCAAUGCGUCGCUUGUCGUUGGAUGUAAGUAAUCAUUGUGGUUAUCAUUAGCAUAAACAUUAUCAUUAGCUAGAUCAUAAAUAAACUUCAUCUCACUAGCACUCUAAAACAUCCACGCCACUGCUUCUACUUUUGUGGGUCAUCAGGGAGCUUUAUCAAAGACGUUUUGAGCGACGCACAUCAACCAGAAAUGAGGCCUUUUCCCUUUCAAUAUGCCUUGACGCUACUAAAUUUAUAUUGCUGUGUGUCUUUAGUCUUAUAGAGACGAUUUUUCCGAAAAUUUGGCAAAACCGCUGCCUAAGAGUACAAAACGUACACUUACUGUGCGUCGCGUCACUUGGAAACGUUUUUGCUUUUAAGCUUAAAAGCUCCCUAUUUACAUACAAGUAAAAUGUAGCCCUCAUUAUCGGCGAUUCGUCGGCGAUUCUAUUGACCAUUUUGUGCCAUCACGAAGACUGGCUGAAAGGUAAGGAAGCCAGUGUAAGAAAAUGCCAAAUGGUGAAACAGGGAAGCUAAAAAAAAUCGCUGCAGUGACAUCAUGAACAUUCUUGUUUACAAUAGGCCACCAUUCUACAGUUACAGUCGAAUCUCUCGUAAGCGAUCACCUGGCAAAUUCGAAAGAAUGGCCGUAACUAGAGCUGGUCCCUUACGAGAAAGAGUUCUCGUACGAGACUGCUCGGUAAAACAGUUGAGGGUGGUCGCUUGCCAGAGCUUCAGAAAUUCAUUAAUAACUCGUGAAGAGAGAGAGAGAAAAAAAACGAAAUUAAUGUUUAAUGAGUGUCUUUAUACCUGAUAUGGACACGGCUUAACUUAGACCAUUAGCGCAGUGUGCAGUUUCGUUAUAGUGGUAUGAAUAAGAUUCUGAGUGGUUGCUUUCGAAGGCUUAAAAACAAAGGGAAAGCCCAGUUGGAUAAUCCCAAAAGUGGUGGCGGUCGCUUACGACAGCCUUUUAUUACAAAGUUUAAGUCAUACUUCAAACGGCGUUUCACGAAGGUGGUCGUAACUAGAGCUGGUCGCUUAAGAGAGUGGUCGCGAGGAAAGCUUCGACUGAAUUUACAGUGCUCAAUGGGCCCUGACCUUUGACCUUUGAAGAGGCUGCAGGUGGCCUUGCUGUGUCAGAAAUCUUCCUGUUUCAUCGCAUGUAAAUGAUAAUGUUCACGGGCUUGUUAAAAUAAGAAUAACACGAUUCGUACAUGAAAAGCAGGAAAGUUUUUAACAAAUCCCUGUCACCCAUAGCCCCGCUUCUAUUCAAAGGCCAGGAUACUGAGCACAUAAAUGUAAAAAUUAAUGACCUAAUGAUCCCAAAGUUAGCUCUUGCUGAGGCACAAGUUGUUAUUAGCGUAAUAUUCCAGCUACCUUCUAAACGUUAAGCUCUUCGAAAGCCUUGUAAUAUGGAGUUGUAUUCACCACUUUAAAGAACCAAAAAGGAAACUGGAACCGAAAUGCGUCCCGCAAUUGUUUCUGGGAUUGUUACUGGUGACGUGCCGGUCAGCUAUUGGUCAAUUUUGUUCCCCUGUCCCUAGUAACAGUCCCAGAGGUCUUAGCGAACGUUAAUUCGGUCCAGUUUCUUUUUGGUUUUGAAAGUGGCGGAUCGUUAUGUAAACUCCUCUACUUUCUCCAAUAGGCGUAUUGCGUUAGUUUAUCACGUGAUCAACUUUCGGUAAACACGAUAACAGUUCGCUUUUGAAAAAUUUUGGUAGCACAGGCUGAAAGAGCACAUUAAAGUUGGGCAUGCUGAGAGAGAUAUACGGCUGAAAAUUUACAGGUUACCGAAUGCUGUUUCAGCUCGUGCUAACAAAAUUUUUUGAAGGCGAACUGUUCUUGUGUUUACCGAAAGUUGAUCACGCGAGGAACUAAUGCAAAAGGCCUAUCGUUUUGUUGUAUUUCCUCUUUCUUCAGUGACAGUUGACUUCCUAAUUGCUCCACCAAAUUACAAACUGGCCAAGAAAGGUGCUGAUGUGACUCUUGACUGCAAGGUAAAAGGCUUUCCGCAGCCGCAGUUAGUGUGGAAGAAAGAUGGAGAAUUAUUAACGAAUACCAGUCGAAUGUCGGUCAUAACUGACGUCGCAAAUAAAUCCUUUACGUCAAGUAGGUUACAGAUCCGGGGGGUCACCAAAGAAGACGUCGCUGUUUAUUCAUGUAUUUCUUGGAAUCGUGGUAGUGUUCGCUUUACACAAACGCGGGUUUUGUUAACUGGUGAGUCCUUCUUUUAUUGUUACUAGAAGAGCGUUGUCCCCAAGGUGGAAAUCCCUGUUGGGCGGUUGACUAGGUUCGUCCGAUUUUUCCUAGUUAACUACAUGUAGCGUAAACAGUCCGUAAGGUGGGAAAUUCUCUGUAAGGCAGACAACAGACCAUUUUAGGAGUUGUUUAGUUAAUCAUUUAUAUGUGCUCGCUGACCAAAUUAUUUAGGAAUUAAAAAAAGGCGAUAGCAACGAUGACGUUGUUUGGAAAGUGCAUUCGCGUUCUUUUGAAAUUCAUGGCAGUUAUUUCAUUUGGCUCAGUUGGUCAAAUGUAUAGUUUCCUAGCUUUACAUUUUCAGGCAGCGCAUCAAAGUUCAUAGAGAGAAAAAAUUGUCAUCGAGUGUUUGCAUGCUCUAUAAUACGUCACUUCGGAAAGUUUUACGCGUAGUCGUGUAGUGUCGGCGAAGAGUUGUACAAAAAGCAUGAUGUAUAUGCAGAGGUGUCGGUUUGGUUGUUAAACCUAUUGCUGUUUUGACGUUUCCAUUACCGUUGCCGUCCUGAUUGCUGUAACUCCUUAUUAUCCACUACGUGCCUUAUUUUAACCUUCUGCAGCACAAACACCGUACACUAACAGUAACAAAAAAGUGAACAAAUAGAUAAACCUUUUUUAAAAAAACUUUAUCUAACCCUGAUCUGAAUAUAAGGUAAAAGCAAAAGCAGCUGUUCUGUUUAUUUGAAACAGAGAGAACUGGAUCUAGAACCAGAAAGCUCAGAAAAAAUUCCGAGCUCCCGAUGAGAUGUGAACUCACGACCCUUCGAGGUCUUGAUCGAAUGCUCUACCACUGGGCUAGUGGAGACUCAAUCAUGUGCACGGUCGAAAUUUGAUUAAUUAUGCAUCAGCCAUAGCUGGGCUGUACUAGUAAAUGGGGUUACUGCACUUGGGCAUUGCUCAGCUCCUUGAAGUUUUUGCUCGUUAUCGUAGUGUAUAUGAAAAUCAGAAAUGAGGUCUACACUGCUCACUCUCUGACUAUAACUCUUAUUCUUUUUCUCUAAAGCAAUUGACACUUGUUUGGUGGUUCACGUAUUUCUAAGUAUUCAGUCAUGGAGCAGUAGCCAAUUAGACUAACAUUUUUUGAGUUUAUUUUUGCUGGUUGCAAUUGUAUUUAUUGGUACUGGUUAUUCUAUUUUAGGUCCGCCCACGAUCAUUAGGGCGCCAGAAGACAUCUCAGUCCUUUCAGGAACCAACGUUAGUUUCUUUUGCCGCGGUAUUGGCUCGCCAACACCACAGGUCACGUGGUUGAAAAACUCCAAGACCAUUCAGUCAUCCAAACGGAUACUGAUUGAUGAUGGGGAGGGUGAUGAUGAGAAUCUCAAGAUCUUCUCUGUAACCGUUGACGACAUAGGAACGUACACAUGCGUUUAUGAGAACGCUAAGGGUGAAGACAGAAGGUCGGCGGUGCUCAUUGUGGACGGAGUUCAUCCGGAGCAAGGUAAGUUUGGGGUCAACCUGCACCGAUUCCAAAUAAGGUUUGUGAUCGGCUGGGAAAACAAUAGGGAUGGUGACAUAACAAUGCCUCUAUCCCUGAAAACAAUAUGUUGUGCAGGUUAUAGGGACCAAUGAAAUACUAGGUUUGGAAGGGUGCUGGUUAAUAGUAAGUUUGGAGCGAAAGGGCGAGCGUGUUUCUGUAGGGAAGCAGUUGUAUCAGCAGCAAUAGUACCGCUAUGAAGAUAGUCAUCGGCAGUCCUAACAAAAACUAAUUUACUUCGACUUGGUACGUUUAAUAAAACCAGCUGCUGGAACACCUUAAUCUGAUGCACCAAUUUUCAGCCGGUCGACUGGAAAAUUUGUCCGGUUCCGUGUGAACGUUGCCUUAAGUUUUGCACUUGGCUUAUUACUUUUUCCCCUCUGGCAAUGGCCACUUUGAGUCGGCGUGCGAGAUGGGUCUUCACUUUGUUGCGUUGUCGAAUGGCACUGACCGACUGUUUUGAGCACGCUAUCGUUCUAUUUUGUCGGCUAUUGCGAUGUUGCGCAGGAACCAAAAUUUGUCACCCAAAUUCGUCCCCAAAACAGUCCCACAGAGAAACUCAGCAUAACUCUGAGCGAGUCUCUCGUGCUAGCUCAUAAAGACCAAUAGUUAAUUUUGUUUAACUUUGUUUAUUUCAUGUGUCAAUCAUUUUAGUGUCACCUGCACCCCCUCAAGCGUCCAAGAAAGGCAUCUCAACUGGCGCCAUCAUCGCUAUUGUGGUAAUUUUAGUUGUCGUUGUCAUCGUUAUAACUGGUAUUGUCUUGUACAAGUACUGUCGCACUAGAGACCAGUCCUUCCAGUUCGCCGUGGACGGGGAGACCCUAAGACCUACUCUUCGCAACCGUAUGAGGAAAGUGAUCGGCAAAAAGAACGCGUCUAAUAUGUACUACAAUCAUAGCUCAGAAGAGAUUAAUUUCGACGACAGUAAACCGUUCGUGGAUCACGAUGAGCUUUGAGGGACAUGACGUUAGGGUAGAUUAUAUAUAAACUUUUUCGCUGGCUUUCUGCUAGGAAGACGUUCUUGGAUUAGUUAAGUCCUGGAUUCUCAAGAAGUCAAGACGCUUGGGUGGGAAUAAGUAAGUAAUCGUAAGCAAAGGACUUUUCCUGCUUACUAAACUUACUAAACUAUCCUAAAAUCGUCGGAAACGCUCGUUUGACAUUUAGAAAACACUUGGACGGUGGAUGGCGACUUCUUUUGUUAGAUUAAACCGCAGGUCCACACUUUGGCAGUUCUGUUAACGGUUAAUAUCCCUUUCAAUUGUUUUGAAAAGAUUUUUUUCUUUAAAUGAAAGAAAAGAAGGUCAAUUAAGAAGGCCUCGAUGCUCAGGCAUUAUUCUAUAAGUAGAUAGCCUGAAAAAAAAGCCGAUAUUUCACGACACCACCACUGGUUUCCCUGCGAAAUGACGUCUGGUAAACGAGCGCACAAAUUCCAUACUGAUGACGCGUGACUACCUAGAUCUGGCAUGGGUGGGGGAUUUUGAUUGGCGGAAGGAAAUUUCCGACGCGGCACGACCAAUCAGAAGCAAUACCCAGAACUUUUUAUUGACACGUCAUCAGUAUGGAAUUUCUGUGCUCCUUUCUCAGACGUCAUUUCGCGGGGAAACCAGUGGUGAGGUCGCAAAAUGUCAGCUGUUUACUCAGGCUAGCUAUGCGCAAAGUCAAUAUUUUUAAGAAGACCUCGGUACUCAGGCGUUAAUCUAUAAAUAGAAAAUAUCUUUAGAAAGUAAUGACAGUAAUCAUUUUAAUCCCUGGUCAAACCUUAAGCACGGAAGCCAGGCUAGCUUCUAUACAUACAUUUUCAUUCGUAAUCCAGUUAGCGUGGUGUUCGGCUUUUUAUUUUAGUAGAAAAUCUAGCAUAAUAGUAAAGUUCUGGAACCGAAAAGGGACAAAUGGGCCAUUUCCGAGUUCCAAAAACUCUCACUUUCGAAACUGGGCUACGUGAACAGCCUUUCUUGUUUCAUGAAAAUAAAAAAUCAUAUUCAAAUCAAUGGUUUUGCAAUUAGCCUAGCAUUGAAACAGAGGCUUGGCGAAAAUCGGAAAUGACCUAUUCAAUGAAUAUUUAUUCCUGUUUUCUGUGACAUUCUCACCUUUGAUUUCGCUAGUGAAAGAUAUCGAAGGCGAUACGUCCUUUAUUCAUCCUCAGUGGAUCCAGAAACAUUUACUUGUUCUCUUAAUAGAGUUUGAGUGCGGUCAUCUAGUUAUGGAUUUAUUUGUGUCCUUGCCUGAAAAAACAACCGACAUUUCGCUAACCACCUUCGGUUUCUCUGCGAAAUGACGUCUGAGCAACAAGCGUAGAAAUUCUAUGCUGAUGACGCGUCAACACUACCAAGACCUGGGUAGUGCCUCUGAUUGGAUAGAGCAAAGUUUCAACCAAUCAGAGGCACUGCCCAGAUGUUGGAAGUGACGCGUCAUCAGUAUGGAAUUUCUGCGCUCGUUUCUCAGAUGUCAUUUCGCGGGGAAAACUAGAGAUGGCGUCCCGAAAUGCUGGCUGUUUUCUCAAGCUAUUUGUGACCUCGCACUUUCUUUUUCUGCAAAGAUGUAAAACAGCAAAAAACACCAUAAGGAAACCUUAAAAGUCAGCCAAAAACUGAGAACAGCUGUUACUUUGUGUCAACAAUUAUAUGCUUCCAUUACGUCUACUCUUGCGCCUUCAUGGCUGUUUCAUUGGUCAGUAUUAAGAGAGGAUAAAGCUCCUGUCUUGUCAGUAUCUAUGCUUUGUAUUCGUAAGUCGGUAGAACGCGCCAAAUAUGGUGUGCAACGCGCACUUAGGAUCAGCGCAUGAAAGGGAGGAAGUGCCCUCAUGAUAACGAAAUUGCGCGUUUGUUAUGACGUUGUUAUAGUUCCUAUAGGCCACGUGUAGAAUACGAAAGUAGAGAAAGAGUAUCCCCGUAAGUGGAUUAUUGGGAGCUUUAGCAACGACGACAGGGACGGCAACGAGGACGUCAAAAAAGCAAUAGGUUUGUUAUGCAAAACAACAACUUUGCACGUGCAUCACGCUGUUUUGUACAUUUCUUUACCGUCCUUGCACGACUACGACGUGAAGUUUUAUGGAGGACGUAAACAAGCGACGACGAAUCUCUUUCUCUCUCUAAACUUGAGUGCGGUCCUCAAGAAAGCAACUCCAGGGAAAUUCGCCUACACUUGCCAUUUUCAGCAAAUUGGAAUAAACGCGACAAAGUUUGAAAAAACGGGAAUUCAUUUUAAAACGGACGUUUUCGCUGCUGUUGCCGUCGUCGAUGCUAAAGCUCCCUAGUAAAGGCACGCGAGGAGGGGGAGGGGAGAGGUAGUAAAUAUACUUGUUAGUAUCAUUUUCAUUCAUUAAUGGUGCAAGUUGAGUUAUGGUUAAUAAUCAUAAGCCAGCCUACCAAGGGCGAAAAAUGUGUCGUUUACUUUAUUGGUUCAGAAGCACAAGUCUUCAACCAAAACAGUGCCUUCGUAGAGGCCAGCUAACCAUGUUUUGUGACUUAGACAUACUCUUAUAUGAGUCUAACGUUCUAUUGUCUCAGGGACCGCGAACGACCUUGGACGUCUGAGAAUCAGGCUAAUCAUGUACGCGAUAUUUCUGUUAAUUGGGUGUGGUGUAUACUAUAAUGCGAGUUUUGCAUGACCUUAAAAUGAUUACCCAAGAACAAAACAAGAAACGAACGCCGCAGUCAUUAGAACCAAUUUUCGAGAAACCAAGCAAUACUACGCUUUCACGUCAUUCUUUAUUGAGAAAUAUGAUUGGACAAUCGAAUUAUGUUUUUUUUUUUCAUUUUACGGUUUCCUUUGGUGGGACUGACGACAAGCCUUGCCUGAUAAAACUAACAAACACUUACGGAAACAAUUUUCAAGGUCAUGUGAAAAACGCUCUGUACACUGUGUGAACAAUUAUCUAUGGUAAACCGAUUUCGGUAUAAACACAAUGUUGUAACCAAUGUAUUACUGUUACUCGAUAGUAUUAACACUAAUGAUGAGAUUGUAUCUCAAGCACAAUUUUGCCGCGCGAGGCUUUGUCAACAGGAUUCCUAAUUUUUGAGCCUUUGCUACAAACUCAAGGGUUUGACCAUUCAAUCAAAAACCUCCUCAGUGGUACAUUCAUGUGGUACUAUUUGUUUCUUAUUCUGUUUUCUGUUAAGUGUUUGGGGGAUUCUUCGGACGUCUUCGGCAAUGGUCGGACCUCUUCGUUAGUCUUCGGAUAUCUUCGGCAGUCUUCGGGAAUCGUCGGUAGGCUUCGGAAAUCGUCUGAAACAGUCCGGAAUUGUAAAAUGGUCGAGAACUCUUUAAUACACUAAACAAAAUGAUGAGCCUUUUUGGAGCCGUUUUUGCUUCUUUCUGGAAAAAAUUUACUGUUUCAAAGAAUUUUAUACUGUUAGAGUAAAAAUGUCUAAAAUUUAACUGUUUCAUGUUACAAAGCGAAAAAAUGAAGUGUUUAGUGUUAUCGAGGUACCCCUAUGCAGACCCUUUUAAGAAUCUUCUUCCUCGGGCCAACCUUUAUUAUACUUUAUUACAGGUUGUCUUUCCAUACAAAUCCUUAUAUUUCGAAUGUUACGCAACAAUGCCGAUGUUCCCCGAAAUAGGUUGAUUUAGCAACAGAACGGGAACGUCAUUUGACGACGGGAAAGCGCGCGGAAAGGACUAAACUCGAAUUCCGGUGCUCAAUUUGCUGCUAUGCCAUUGGUCAAGCCAGUUGGUUGAUUUACGCGCGCCGUUGUCAACUGACGUUCCCGUUCUGUUGCUAAAUCAACCUAUUAUUUCGAGCUUAGGCUAUAUGUGUUUUAAGUUAAAGAAAGAAUGUAGAUACACAGUACAUUUGUCGUAAACACUUUUAGAAAAAAAAUAUUAAUAAUAAACAACAAC